AUGGACAGAGCCGAGGAAAUAAGCAGAUGGCUGGUUAGGAACAGACGCGAGGGAAGGGUAGAUCAGGCGGGCGUGCUGGGUGCGGUGAAGAGUGUGCACAGAUUUCUUCCCAAUUUCAGCCUUUCCUUCUACGCAUACAUUCGAAAACGAGUGGAAAUAUUUGCAGAUAGCCCGGGGUAUGCUGUGGUCACAGGGCAGACUGUGCAAAUGCAGAUGUACUGUGGAAUGGUGAUGUAUGCCAGCAAUGGAUACUUUCUGCUGUGUGUGCAGCCUGAUUGCACAGCUGAGGUUGUAAAGCUGGACUUUUCUGAGCUGGCUGACUACACAGUGUACUCUGGGCAAAUAAUAAAAAUACUGGGAGUGAAUCCAAUAGGAGAAGAAGUGGUUGUAGACUCAGUGGUGUAUGAUAAAGUGCUAGAUCUCGUGAUGAAGCCUGAGAAAGAGACACAGUUUACGGUAGCCGUUAUUAAUGCGAAAAAAGCGAUGAAUGAAGAAAUACUCCAGAACAGCGGAAUAAAAGUUCAUAAGGAAAAUGCAUUAGACAGUGGUAAAAAACAGCUAGACUCUGAAGCUGUCCUGGAGCUAGUUAGAAAGAGCACUUCUGAUGUGGUGAUAGUCUUUGGAGACAUUCCUGUAGAAGAAAGAGAGAUGUACAAGGAAAUGUGUUCUACUAAAAAAAUAAGAAUAGUCUGUGUGCCAGCUCACGAUGGAAUUGAGUCUACUAUGGCAUAUCCAACAGAGUACCUCAAUAGAGCAUCACAUACUGCUGUGCCUUCUGUCACGGAUGCUCAGGCUGUUCGAGAGAUAUACGAGAUAUCUGGCAGUUUAUUUGUGGAAGUGCAGAAUCCGAGCAUGAUAAGCAUGAACGGUGUUUUAAUUGCUCUUUCCAGCAUUGAUGUGCUCUUGGGGAUAUCGCGCAAAGAGAUCAGCCGAAACAGAAAAACAAGAAUGCUGGACAUAAUCACCCACUCCGUCUAUCAGAGCACAUUUCUUCCCUUCGUUCCAAGCGAUGUUCCUGUGGACUAUUCUGUGUCCAGCGCAUUUAUAUGGCCAUACUCCCCAGAUCUCUACAUAUUCCCCACUCUUCUCUCUGCGAACAUGGAGGAAGUGUGUGGAACGUAUGCAGUGCCUCUGAACAGAACAGAAAUAGAGCUAUCUGUGCACUGUACAGUGGAUGGCACAGUUUCUGUUGAAACGGUGCGCAGUAAAUAG